AAAAGGAGAGCGUAUCAAUUCGAAUCAAACCCGCGAUGUACCGUUGCGUGGCCUUGAACCGAACCUACCUAGGCCCACCCAUUCACGCCUCGCCGCCGUCAGCCGCCGCGGCGACGCCUCCCUCUCCCAAGCUCCGCCGCCGCCGAGAGAGUCGGAACCACUACCCGCCGCGCCUCUCUCUCUCUCUCCGCCAUGGCCGUCUUCCUCCCCUCCGCCUCCCGCAUCUCCACCGUCCGUUUCAAUCUCCCUCCUCGCUCCCCUGCCCAUGUCCGCAGACGACUGCUCCCGUUCGGGUGCCUCGGCUCGAGCCUCCCGUUCCCGGCCCACGACGCCAAGUAUCACCGGGAGCUCGAGGCCGCCAUUGACGUUGUGGAGCGAGCUUGCCGUCUCUGUGUUGACGUGAAGAAAGCCUUGCUUUCGAGUGAUGGUGGGAUUCUCGAGAAGACCGACCAGACUCCCGUCACUGUUGCGGACUUCGGCGUGCAAGCUCUUGUCAGUUUGGAGCUGGGAAACUUGUUUCCUUCCAUUCCUUUAGUGGCAGAAGAGGACUCUGCUUCCAUACGUUCUACUGAUUUGGUGGGUUACAUUGUGGAUGCUGUCACCGAUAAAGCGAGCUCUGAAGAUCAUCCUUUGACAACGAAUGCUGUUUUAGAGGCUAUUGACCGAGGAGGAGAGAAUGAAUUUUCUAUUGGAGCGCAGCCAGCCUCGUAUUGGGUUCUGGAUCCAAUUGAUGGGACACGAGGAUUUCUAAAAGGAAGUGAGUCCUUGUAUGUGGUAGGAUUGGCACUUGUAGUUGGUGGGGAAGUUGUAUUAGGUGCAAUGGGAUGCCCUAAUUGGCAGCAAGAUCUAUCCAAUGUAACCAACGAUAGGCUACAGGAGUAUGAGAUCAGCAAUGCCAGACCUGGAAUCAUCAUGGUGUCUCACGUUGGCUGUGGAACAUGGACCAAAAGGUUACCACCGCUGCUCAGUAACACGAGUGCAAAGGAAGCCUAUUGGACGAGGUGCUUUGUUGAUGGGUUGUCUGCAGUUCAUGAAGCACGUUUUUGCAUUCCAGAGAGUCAAACAUGGGAGAAACUUCCCCUGUCUACUUCAUUCAAAGCAACAAAGGAAACUGAUACUCCUAGAGAAGGGGAAGUUGUUCUACUGCCAACAUGUUGUGGAAGUUUAUGCAAGUAUAUGAUGGUUGCUUCAGGAAGGGCAUCUGUUUUCAUUCUUCGAGAAAGAACACGAACCUCAAGCAAGGCUUGGGACCAUGCUGUCGGCAUGAUAUGCGUGCAUGAAGCUGGAGGAAAGGUGACCGAUUGGGAAGGAAGUCAAAUUGAUCUGGCAGCAGAUGCCACUGAACGGAGAAUCGUAUUCCCUAAAGGUGGCAUUAUUGUGUCUAACGGAAAAUUGCACAAGAAGAUUUUGGACAUGACUUCUUCUGGUUCCUCGUCUCUUUUAUAGGAUGCUAAAGAUUUUGGAUUUCGCGAUUGCAAGUACGUGAUGGCUUAUCCUGCAUAUGGUGGUAGCUUACUAGCCAAAGAGUUUUGAAUCAGUUUGGAAUAUCAGCUCAGUGAUAUCUCCACCAGUAAGUAGACAAUUAAUCAGUAAUAAUUGCUCACAUCAACUGACAUUUUCUUGUGGUUCUGGCUAUGCAGAAAAGCAAUUAAAAACCAUUGCACAUUUGUUCUAUUGAAUGUAGUACGUACGCUACUUGUCAAAAGCUGCUAUUGAAGCUUCAAGCAAGUGCUCUUUUGAAGUUCCUAUCUUUGGUAAAAGCUUCUGAACGUUUGCAGAAAAGAGGGUGCACAAGGGCUUUCAAGGAAGUCCAAAGAACCAUCUGUGCGAUAAGAUAACUCGAGAAGUCGCAGUUACAUGCAUUAAUCACAAGCUGUGUUGAUCAUCCUUCGGUCCUGCUCACACAUCGACCGUGUAAGAUAGAUGAAAUUAGGGUACAUUCCCUAGGCACGAACAACUCGAUUAUCUGUACUUUACUUCAGUGAAAAUUAGGUAGAGAGAGAAACUCUGCAGUAAUUUCUGUCCUAAAACUCUGUUGUACCAGAAUUUUGUUGCACGACAAUCAUUUUCCUCUUGAAUUUUCACCCUACAUUCUACAUGAUCUCUAA